GGGCCUUCCUGCAGCCUCCAGAGAAUGGAACUUCCGCUUGGUACUGAGCACAGCAGGCUCCCGGCUCCGAGCCCUGCUCCUGCCCAGGCUUGCAGAAUCACAGGACACCAGGUCCCCAGGAGGCAGCUGAGACUGUGUGGUGAUGAAGACCCUGUGGGCCGGCAUCCCUGUGCUGCUGCCACUGCUGCUCCUCAGUCUACUUGGUGUCUCCUGGGCCCAGAUCAGCUGCUCUGGGCCCCGGACCAUCCCGGGCAUCCCAGGCAUCCCUGGGCCACCUGGCACCAAUGGCCAACCUGGGACCCCAGGGAUAAAGGGAGAGAAAGGGCUACCAGGGCUAGCUGGAGACCAUGGUGAGUUUGGAGAGAAGGGGGAUCCCGGGACCCCUGGAAAUCCAGGAAAGGUUGGCCCCAAGGGCCCCAUUGGCCCCAAAGGUUCCCCAGGAUCCCCUGGAGCCCGUGGCCCCAAGGGCGAAUCAGGAGAUUACAAGGCCACGCAGAAAAUAGCCUUUUCUGCCCUGCGGAACAUCAACGUUCCCCUGCGUCGGGACCAGGCCAUCCGCUUCGACCACGUGAUCACCAACGAGAACAACAACUACGAGCCUCGCAGCGGCAAGUUCACCUGCAGAGUGCCUGGCCUCUACUACUUCACCUACCACGCCAGCUCUCGCGGGAACCUGUGCGUGAACGUCGUCCGAGGCCGGGAACGCGUGCAGAAGGUGGUCACGUUCUGCGACUACGUCCAGAGCACCUUCCAGGUCACCAUGGGCAGCGUGGUCCUCAAGCUGGCCCAGGGGGAGAACGUGUUCCUCCAGGCCACUGACAAGAACUCCCUGCUGGGCAUGGAGGGAGCCAACAGCAUCUUCUCCGGGUUCCUGCUCUUCCCGGAUGCAGAGGCGUGACCUGGUGGGGCAGAGUCACCGCCACCCACCCCCUCCCCUGCUAGUAACACUCACUUCCCCGAACACCCACCACCCCACCCCCAGCCAAAGCACACGCCAGGCCUCUAUGAAUGUUGCUGAAGAAAUGAUUAAAUAAACUCUUCAAGGACAAGGG